AUGUUUGGGGGCGUGUCCGGGCGGAUCCAGAAGGAGCGCCAGAAGGCUGGAGGUCUUGGUUCCGUCCAGCAGGCGGUCCACUACAUGAACCAGGACUUCCAGGUCCUGAUGGAGGACUGCCUGCAGAACGGUUCCCUGUUCCAGGACCCGAUGUUCCCAGCAGAACCGUCCUCACUGGGCUUCAAGGAACUCGGACCAUUCACCGCCAAGACCAGAGGGGUGGAGUGGAAGAGGCCAACGGAGCUGACAGAGGACCCUCAGUUCAUUGUGGGCGGUGCCACUAGGACGGACAUCUGUCAGGGAUCUCUGGGAGACUGCUGGCUGCUGGCUGCCAUUGGCUCUCUGACUCUGAACACACGCCUCCUGCACCGCGUCGUUCCUCACGGUCAGAACUUCAACCAACCGUACGCCGGCAUCUUCCACUUCCAGUUCUGGCAGUUCGGGGACUGGGUGGACGUGGUGAUCGACGACCGUCUGCCGGUCAAAGACGGCGAGCUGAUGUUCGUCCACUCGGCCGAGGGCAGCGAGUUCUGGAGCGCUCUGCUGGAGAAGGCCUACGCCAAGUUGAGCGGCUCGUACGAGGCCUUGUCCGGCGGCAGCACCACCGAAGGCUUCGAGGACUUCACAGGGGGCGUGGCCGAGAUGUACGAUCUGAAGAACGCUCCCGGAGAUCUGCAUCGCAUCAUCAUCAAAGCUCUGGAGAGAGGCUCCCUGCUGGGCUGCUCCAUCGAUAUCACCAGCGCCCUCGACAUGGAGUCUGUGACCUUUAAGAAGCUGGUGAAAGGCCACGCCUACUCUGUGACUGGACUCAGACAGGUGGAGCACCGCGGGCAGCAGCAGCGUCUGAUCCGGAUCAGGAACCCCUGGGGUCAGGUGGAGUGGACCGGCGCCUGGAGCGACAGCUCCUCAGAGUGGAACGCCAUCGACUCAGCAGAGAAGGACGACCUGCUGUGUAAGAUGGAGGACGGGGAGUUCUGGAUGUCGUUCCAGGAGUUCCUGCGUCAGUUCUCCAGGCUGGAGAUCUGUAACCUGACCCCGGACGCCCUGAGCCAGGACUCCACCAGCUUCUGGACCACGGCGACGUAUGAAGGGGGCUGGAGGCGGGGCAGCAGCGCCGGCGGCUGCAGGAACCAUCCCAACACGUUCUGGAUCAACCCUCAGUAUAAGAUCUCCCUGCUGGAGGAGGACGACGACCCCGAGGACGAAGAGGCCGGCUGCAGCCUCCUGGUGGCGCUGAUGCAGAAAGAUCGCCGCCGCUACCGCAGCCACGGACAGGACAUGCACACCAUCGGCUUCGCCAUCUACGAGAUUCCUGACGAGCUGCAAGGUCAUCCCAGCGUCCACAUGAAGAAGGAGUUCUUCCUGCGCCACUCGUCCUGCGCUCGCUCCGAGUCCUUCAUCAACCUGAGGGAGGUCAGCAACAGGCUCCGCCUCCCGCCAGGCGAGUACCUGAUUGUCCCGUCGACCUUUGAACCCUCAAAGGAAGCCGACUUCGUCCUGAGGGUGUUCACUGAGAAACAGUGCGAGACCAGGGAGAUGGACGACGACGUGGAGGGAACCUUCGACCCCGAGGAGGAAAUAUCCGACAGCGACAUCGAUGAUUCCUUCAGGUCGAUGUUCACUCAGCUGUCAGGAGACGACAUGGAGAUCUCCGUCCGGGAACUCCGAACCAUCCUGAACCGAGUCGUCUCCAAACACAGAGACCUGCAGACGGAUGGUUUCAGUAUGGAGUCCUGCAGAGCCAUGAUCGGCCUCAUGGACAAAGACGGCAGCGCUCGCCUCGGUCUCCUCGAGUUUCAGAUUCUCUGGAACAAGAUCAGGAAGUGGCUGGGAAUCUUCCGAGAGUAUGAUCUGGAUAAAUCCGGAUCUAUGAGUUCCUACGAGAUGCGUCUGGCGCUGGAAAACGGAGGGUUCAAACUCAACAACAAGCUGUACCAGAUGCUGGUCGCUCGAUACGCCGACAACGAGCUCAUCGACUUCGACAACUUCACCUGCUGCCUGGUCAAGCUGGAGGCCAUGUUCAGAACUUUCCAGGAGCUGAACAAAGACGGAACGGGACAAGUGGAAGUCAACGUCAUUGAGUGGCUGCUGUUGACCAUGUGUGGAUAA